AUGUACACACUACCAACCAGAGUAACCGUUUGUUUAUACAUGAGUGAUAAAAUUAAUUGGAUUGAGGCAAGUUCAGUUGAUGGCUUCAUAGAAUAUGUCAUACAGCAAGCCAUCAAAGAGGAGUGUUUACCAUUGACUAUAUUUAUAGAUCAUAGGUUAUUAAGUUGUUCUCGCAUUGAAAUAAGGAGAAAGAUGAAAAUCCAUGAAAUCAAUCAGCUCCGAAAAAUUGAUAUGCUUGGACUAGAGUCACACCAGGAUUUCUUAGCAAAUCUUGAAGAGCAUUUUUUUGAGAGUGUACCGAAACAUAUUGCUAUAUGUAAUUGGCUCUGUCAUGAUAGCGACCCUCAGAAAUGGUUGUUGAGGGCAAAUUUUCUACUAUGGAAGGUCCAUAAUUUUUGUAAGUAUUACGGGGUAUCAGCAUACAUCAGGAUACCACAACAAGCUCACGAAGAGAGUGAUACGACUUGGAAUAGGAGCAUUGAAUUCCCCAAUCAUGACCAAUUAAAAAUUAUUUUAUCUAAAUGGACUUAUUUAGAUUCGGCCACUGGCUCAUCAUCAGAUGAAUCUUCGUCUUCUCCUUCGAAGGAACCACCAUUCUGA